GUGGUGCAGUACAAGCAGCAGACGCGCAUUGAUGAGAAACGUAAGAAGGCCUUGGACUUCCAGCUCAACUUCAUUGUCGACCAGACUGAGAAGUAUUCCUCCUGGCUGUCGGAGAGUCUCAAUCAGCCGGCGGCGCCACCUGGCGGUGCGGACGGGGGACCUCUGAGCGUCGCGUCGUCCCGGCAGGGAUCCCGCGCCUCCAGCCCUGCAGGCUCAUCCGCAGACGCAGACGAGGACUUCCGGCCGGCGGCGGGUGAGGUGGAUGCGGACGAUGAGGAGACGAUAGCGCAGGCGGACGCGGAGGCGGACCUGGAGCAGCAGCAGGAGGAGCUGUCCAUGCUGCAGCGCGAGAGCGAGAUGUCACUAGAGGAACUACUCGGAACGCUGCCGAGAGAGGUGCUCGAGAAACCUGCCAGCCUGUCCGCCAGCGAAGAGGAGGAGGAGGAGGAGGCACGGAAGGACGGCGGUUCAGUAAAGCCAGCUGCUUCGGAGGAAGCUGUGCAGAAGAGGAAGCUGAGUGCUAACGGGGAAGGAGACGACGAGGAGGAGGAGGAGGAGGAUGACAAGGAGUUUGAAGGUAGCGAGGAGGAGGAUGAUGAAGCCACGCUGGAGGAGCAGGAGGCUGCGGAGGAUGAGGAGAGCGGCAACCACGACGGCGAGAUGGCUGACCUGAA